AUGUCUAUGCUCUCGGAGCGGCAGAAGGAGGAACUUCAGAAGUCAAUCCUCGAAUAUCUGCAUGCCAAUAACUUCACGGGUGCUUUCAACGCGCUCAAGGCCGAUACUGGCCUGGAGUAUACACCUGACCCGAAAGGGAAGUAUGUCGGGCUGUUGGAGAAGAAGUGGACGAGCGUGAUACGAUUGCAGAAGAAGAUUAUGGACUUAGAGAACCGCAACGCCGCGCUCCAAGAAGAACUGUCACUAUCACCAGCCAAACGCGCUUCCCUCCAGACCGACUGGGUGCCUAGGGCACCGGCCGCAUAUGUUUUGACGGGCCACCGUAAUCAAGUGACCAAAGUCGCGUUCCAUCCGACAUUCAACCUUCUUGCUUCUGCAAGCGAAGACGCGACCGUGAAGAUAUGGGACUGGGAGACGGGAGAGUUUGAGCGUACGCUGAAGGGUCAUACGCGCUCCGUGACGGAUGUCUCUUUCGAUAGUCGGGGGAAUCUCUUAGUAACAUGCUCGUCCGAUCUAUUCAUCAAAAUUUGGGACGUGCAAAAUGAGUGGAAGAAUACUAAGACGUUCUCUGGACAUGACCACAGCAUUUCCUGCGUGCGAUUCAUGCCCGGCGAUCAGCAGAUUGUCAGUGCGAGUAGAGACCGGACAAUCCGCAUCUGGGAUGUCGCGUCCACCCAUCUUGUUCGGACAAUAACGGGCCACUCAGAUUGGGUCCGCUGGGUUGAGCCCUCGGACGAUGGGCGGCUACUUGCAAGCUGCUCCAACGAUCAGACCGCACGUAUCAUUGAUCCCCAAACAGGGGAGACAAAGGUUGAGCUUCGUGGCCACGAACACACGGUGGAGGUUGUUGCCUUCGCACCUCUAGCUGCUUACGCUGCGAUCCGAGAGCUAGCGGGAAUUCCUAAUACGGAGCGCUCGAAGCGUGCGGGCGCGUACCUUGUCACGGGCUCCCGGGAUAAGACUAUCAAGCUAUGGGAUACUCAGAGUGGACAGAUGCUGAGAAACCUCGCUGGACACGACAAUUGGGUCCGUGCGCUCAUCUUCCACCCAACAGGGAAAUUCCUCCUGUCCGCCUCCGACGAUUACACGAUACGCGUCUGGGAGCUCGCUACCGGCCGAUGCGUAAAGACCGUGCAGGCACAUGGCCAUUUCGUGACCUGUCUCGCUUGGGGUCGUCAAGCACCUUCGCAGAGCGGGGGCGAGGCAGCGAAGACAAAUGGAGCGGGGGAUGGGCAUCAGGAGGUCGAGAAGUUCGUCAACGUCGUGGCCUCCGGAAGCGUCGACCAGACAAUCAAGAUCUGGCUGCCAUAG